AUGUCCGACACCUGUAUUGUCUGCUUAGGAGACCUUGGCGAAAGCGCCAGUGAUCCUCUCGUCGAGCCUGUGCCAAGACCUGAUAUCGGUAAUGAUGCCAUUCCCAAUGGUUCGACUAAGCAUGGGCUCGACGAGGAGGAUCCUGGUCAGAUCGCCCAGUUGCUUCCUUGUGGUCACAUUUUGCAUAAUAACUGCUUGAAGCCCUGGGUUGAACGGGCAAACAGCUGUCCAAUAUGUCGCCGCAGCUUCAACAUGGUCGAGCUGAGUGACCGACCUGGUGGCUUGGUGACCUCGUCAUACGCUGUACAAGACCGGACCCAAGUCGCUGACGUUGAUCCUUCGAUGAUCAUCGAAUACGUGGAAGAUGACCUCGCCGAUUUCCAACCAUGCACAAUCUGUGGCGAAGCGGAUAAUGAGGAUGUACUUCUUUGUGAUGGCUGCGAUGCUCCCUCUCAUCUAUAUUGCUUGGGGUUGGAUGAGAUCCCCUCGGGAUCUUGGUACUGCCCCCAAUGUGAAUCACAUCGUUCUCUCGGUCCCGCUCCGGAGGUACCAGCCCGUCCAUCCCGUACCGCCGAGCGACGGAGCCGUCGCACUCGGGCUCAACAGCGCCGAAUGCAAAACCGCAACCAGAUGAAUUCCCUUCACUGGGCCCGCGUCUGGCAGUCUGUCUGGGACCAUUUGAAUCUUGAUUUGGACUUUCCAUUCGAUGAUGAUCGAUCAGCUCAGCGUGUCAUACAGCAACGCCGUCGGGAAGAGGCCAACCAGCGCGAAUUCCGAGCUUGGCAACGCCGAUUUGAGGUUGCUGAGAGACAGGGUGGUAACAACCGGUUCCGGGACACCGCAUCUCUGUUCGACAUUGAACCCGCUCGACCAUCGCGGCCGCGAGUUCCCAGGGAACCGACUCCAGAGCCCGAGUCUCUUGAAGAAAUGCGCGCCUGGAAUGCCUUUGAGAGGGCCCGAGAGAUCGAAAACAACCCCAACGCCGCCAGGAAACGGAAGGAACCUACUAUGUCCCCAUCUCCCGAGCCCACUGAGCCAGAGCGCAAACUCAAACGCCCUCGUACGAGACGCCCUCAGGAACUCGCUGCACUUGCUCAGCAGAAUGGGGAAUCCUCCCGUGCCGCCAGCGCCAACGCGAGACUCAACGGCGAGGCUCCUACCGGUGAACCGAGCUUUUUGUCAUCGCUUCUUAAAGAAGUCGAAGAGGCUUCAACUCCAAGCCGGACAAAUUCUUAUGGGCCUUCGGGCCCGGCGUCUGGCGCCCCUACCGACCAUGCGACUCCUUGGCCAUCCUCUCCCUCUAUCUCUCCCGCCUCUUCUAACCAUUCCUCUCCUCGUCUAUCGUCAACCACACCGCCCCCUUUCGCCCGCAGUCGACCCAUCUCACCCAUCAACCUCAACUCUCCCGCGGAACUUUCGUCGCCCCCCUUCUCCCCCGAGGUGUCCUCUUCUGGGAAUCCAACAACCCCUAACGGCACCACUGAGGACUCGAUGACUCGGCGUGAUAGUGGCCGCCCUCGCUGGCGUAUCCCUGGACGUGCAGUACACGCAUCGCACUCCCGGUCACCAGACACAUCGCCUCAACGCACUGGCCCUUCUCUGGCGGUCAAGUCUGAUAUCCAGAAGAUGGUCGGCGCCGCUCUGAAGCCUCACUAUAAAAAGAAAACCCUUUCCAAGGACCAGUACACUGACAUUAAUCGAACCAUCUCCCGCAUGCUCUACGAUCGCGUCGCGGAUGUCGAGUUACUGGAUCCCGCGUCACGCGCCGAUCUCGAAGCGGCCGCAACAAAGGAAGUUCAGGUCACCAUCGACGCCUUGACGCGGACAAAAGGCAAGGAUAAACAGCCAAUGGUGACAACCGACACUGAUGGCGAUGUAUAA